UUAUUUGACCUUUCAGCUCAGCUGGUGACCCGGGAGUCUUUGGAAAGAGCAUCUUUUGUCAAAGUUUCUCCAUGUUUAAAGAGAAUUUGGGAUGGUUAUAAGCCACACUUGAUAAAUAAAGAUGACCUUUAGGCCUCUUUCAAAGUAUUGGCGAGAAGCAGCCACCUUAAUUUUGACUGCAGGGGCUAAAAAUGGCGCCAUGGCUAGGAUAGCAGACGACGUUCCGAGUCGAUUUGACUACCGCGUCCUCAUGCUGCAGAGAAGCGGGAAAAGCGGUUUCAUGCCGAACGCAAAAGUCUUCCCAGGCGGUAUUGUAGAUGAUUCAGACUUCUCUAACGAAUGGAUGGACAUCUUUGAUAACUCAGGGUUGGGGAACUUUGAUUCUCUGACGGGUAUAAGAAACGUACAGGGCAGGUCGCCAAUGCUGACAGCCAAGCAAGCUUCCCUGGUCCCAAACGAUGUUGGGUACAGAAUCUGCGCGAUCCGCGAGACUUUUGAGGAGUCUGGAAUCCUCUUAACCCGGCCGUGGAACGUUCCCGACAACAACACAACCUUGUCUCAAUCUUCUCUAGACGAGUGGAGGACACGGGUAGACUCGGACGGCCAGGAAUUUCUCAGGUUGUGUCAGGAGCACAGAUGUGUUCCCGAUGUUUGGUCCCUGCACGAAUGGUCCAACUGGCUGACACCGACAGCCAACUUCAGGAGACGAUAUGACACUAUUUUCUACAUGUGCUGCCUGGACAGAAUACCACAGACUACACACGAUAAGAGGGAGAUGGUGAAGGCACAGUGGCUGAGUCCAUCAGAGAUUCUUCAGAAGUUCCGCAGAGAGGAACACUGGAUCCCGCCCCCACAAGUGUACGAGCUCUCCCGCAUGUCCCGGUUACCCCACCUUAACGAACUGCACCGCUUCAGCCAGGAGAGAGGGCUGGAGGGUUGUGAGAGGUGGUUACCUGUGAGGAUCACUGUUAGCGAUGGAGGCAUGACUGUGUUACCUGGUGAUGAUCUUUAUCCUGACCCACCUGACUUGGAAAAGGAACAAGAUCUACAAACAUCAGGGACACUCCUGAAGUCAAGGCAAUCAACAAAGAACUCGAACAGAUUAGAAUUCAGUGGAAAAGGAGUUUAUAGCACUACAGUCUGCAGUAACAUCAACCACAAGUUUGGGCACUUGUCUCCUGUGCAGGAUGUGUGGUCCGAUGACAAGGAAAGCCAGUGAAAUGCUUUGUAGGGUAUAUCAUUC